AUGCCCAUCGCUCGCAGGGACCAUAGUUCUCUCCAGUUUCCCUGCGGUUACUUACACUGCGCACGUCAUUUCAAGUCUCAGGGAGGGCGCAAAAAACACUGGAACACCUCACACUCAAUAUUCGGACCAGCUCCUGCUACCACCAGCGUCUCACACACUGCUACCACCAGCGUCUCGCACACCACUACAGUUGAAGAGCAGCCUGAAGUACUGGAUGGCCACUUCUCAGCAGGUCAUGACAACAUCUCUGCAGGCGGUGACAAUUUUCCUGCGGGUACAUCUGACCCAAGUCAGGCACUUAAUGAGCCUGACAUUCCAGAUAAUUUGAACGCAGAAUUUUUUGGGCCGGGUGAUAGAUUAUACCGCAACUAUCACCCAAAACUAAAUGCUCGUCCUUGCGACGUGACAGGACGAUUCCUUGCAGAUGGAGCGCCCCCGACACCACCUCCAAUCAAGUCACCCGAUGACUGGGCUCCAUAUCGAAAUCGUGUCGAGUUCGAGACUGCAGAAUUUCUGUACACGCGCAACCAAAUGUCUGCCGGAGACAUCAAUAUCUUAUUGGAUCUUUGGGCUGCAACCCUCCUCAAAUACAACGACAAACCUCCGUUUGCGGACCACCGUGAUUUGUAUAAAACUAUUGACGCUACGCCAGUGGGUGAUGUCAAAUGGCAAUCCCUCAAGGUCCAGUACACUGGGGAGAAGCCCGAAACCAAUGUACUACCCUGGAUGGACCAAUCUCACGAUGUCUGGUACCGAGACCCCCAUGAGGUUAUUCAGAACAUGUUGGGGAAUCCGGACUACGCUACAGAGAUGGAUUAUCGGCCCUACCGUGAGUAUUUGACUGAUGGCGAUGAACGCCAAUGGCAGGACUUCAUGUCUGGUGACUGGGCAUGGAACCAAGCGGAAACUAUUUCUGAAGAUCCGGAUACACUCGGCUCAACGUUUGUGCCGGUUAUACUCGGAAGCGACAAGACAACAGUCUCAGUGGCGACUGGUGCCAACGAUUACUAUCCCUUGUAUGUAUCAAUCGGGAAUGUUCGUAAUAAUGUCCGACGUGCACAUCGUGAUGCCGUUGCCAUUAUUGGCUUCCUCGCUAUGCCAAAAACUACAGAGGAGCACGCAAAAGACUCAAAAUUUCGGAAAUUCCGUCGGCAACUGUUUCAUUCAUCUGUCGCCAAGAUUCUCGAGAACUUAAGGCCUGGUAUGACCACACCAGAGGUUGUACGCUUCGGUGACGGCCACUAUCGGCGUGUAAUUUAUGGCCUUGGACCAUACAUUGCAGAUUACGAGGAGCAGGUUCUACUAGCGUGCAUAGUGCGCAAUUGGUGUCCGAGUUUAGACACGAAGUCACUGUGUCGUCGACGUGACCAUACAGAAGCGUUAGUUGAAGAGGCAACCUAUGGUGCUUUGUGGAUGGAGUAUGGGAUUGUUGGUGACCUUGUUCCGUUCACAAACGAUUUUCCACGCGGCGAUAUUCACGAACUUAUCGCGCCGGAUAUCCUGCAUCAACUGAUUAAGGGAACCUUCAAGGAUCACCUAGUCAAGUGGGUUGGACAGUAUCUGCAACAUGUCCAUGGUACGAAAGAAGCGGAGAGAAUUCAAGCUGAUAUAGAUCGAAGAAUUGCUGCGGUUGCUUCAUUUGCAGGUCUCCGACGAUUUCCAGAAGGUCGGGGAUUCAAACAAUGGACGGGCGAUGAUUCAAAAGCCCUCAUGAAGGUCUAUUUACCUGCCAUCGAAGGUCACGUCCCAACAGAUGUGGUGCGCACGUUUCGCGCAUUUCUCGAAUUUUGCUAUCUCGUACGGCGCAACAUCAUUACAGAAUCUACUUUAGGUCAAAUUCAGGAGGCUCUUGACCGAUUCCAUCAUUACAGGGAGAUAUUUGAAUCUACGGGUGUUGUCUUCACGUUCUCUCUCCCUCGGCAACACUCUUGUUCCCACUAUGUCCUCCUUAUCCAACUUUUUGGUGCGCCCAAUGACCUUUGCUCCUCGAUCACCGAGACGAAACACAUCAAAGCUGUCAAGGAGCCAUGGAGGCGCUCGAGUUGCUACAAAGCCCUUGGUCAGAUGCUGGUGACAAACCAGCGCCUCGAUAAGCUCGCAGCAGCACGCAUUGAUUUCAAGAACCGCGGAAUGUUAAACGGCACCUGUCUGUCUGCCACACUCAAGGCAUUAAAGCGUUUGCGCUUAAAUAAGAUGCCUGAUGCCAGCCAACCCAACGAGAAUAGCGCCACGGUGCCAGUACUCUUCAACACUGAUGUUACUAUACAGGGUGAUAACGAAGAGGGCGAAAUUGACAAUGGCCCAACACUGGUGCAGGCCCAUGUCCAGUUGGCAAAGACCCCUCAACGCAAACGCGCACACACUAUACCCGAGCUAUCCACGGAACUCUCUAUCCCCAAUCUCUACAAUGUCCUCCGCCGCUUCCUAUUCGAACAAGUGUACCCAGACGACCAGCACCCUCCCUCUGAAAUCCCGCUUUCGAGAUGUCCUCGAUUUGAUGGGAACAUCCAAGUCUUUAAUUCUGCAUCUUCGACAUUCUAUGCGCCCAGCGACCGCAGUGGAAUUGGCGGUAUGCGCCGUGAGCAUAUUCGUGCCUGUCCUAUUUGGAGAAACGAGGUGCCCCGGUAUGACUGUGUGUUUGUUAACACAGAUGCAAGUGUUGAAGGGAUGGUGGGCAUGGAUAUAGCGCGCGUAAUGUGUUUUUUUUCUUUCACAUUCAAUGCAGUUUCGUAUCCAUGUGCCGUUGUGCGCUGGUUUGACAAAGCCAGCGACGGACCCGACCAGGACACUGGGAUGUGGAUUGUGACACCUUCGUUUGAUACUGACCAUUCUUUUUCUGUUGGAAUCAUCCAUAUUGAUUCUAUUUACCGUGCUGCACACCUCAUUCCAGUCUAUGGAGCACAGAUCAUUUCACGCGACAUCAAGCACCAUGACUCAUAUGAUACUUUUCAAGCAUUCUAUCUGAACAAGUUCGCAGACCAUCAUGCUUUUGAGGUCGCAUCCUAG